GGGGAGGAUGAGGGGAUGAUAUCUUGAUGUAUACAGUCACGACAUCUGUCCCUAUGCCUGUUCCCACUCCUCCAGUUUUACAAGUCUAUUCUCGUCGCCCUCAGCCUGCUGCUCCCGUUCCUGCUUUGCCUCAAGCUCCUCUUCCUACCUCGGUACCUACUCCGAUCCCUGACACCACCUCUAAGUCAGUUGAUCCAGUGUUGAAUGAUACCCUUCCUAUUGCUGUUCGAAAAGGUAAACGCAGUUGCACUUAUCCUAUAUCCUCUUUUGCAUCAUAUGCUCAGCUGUCCUCUGUCUCCUGUUCUUUUGUUGCUUCCCUUGAUUCCGUGUCCAUUCCUAAAACUGUUAAGGAAGCCUUGUCUCAUCCUGGGUGGCGAACUGCUAUGAUUGAGGAGAUGAAUGCUUUGGAUCACAAUGAUACUUAG